AUGUCUCUAACUCCUAUAUCUGUGUGUUGUUGCAGCAUCAUGUCUCUAACUCCUGUAUCUGUGCGUUCCAGCAGAAUCAUAUCUCUAACUCCUAUAUCUGUGUGUUGUUGCAGCAGCAUGGCGUCCACGGUGACCCUGGAGGAUGCUCUGUCCAAUGUGGACCUUCUGGAGGAGCUGCCUCUCCCAGACCAGCAGCCCUGCAUCGAGCCCCUGCCCUGCUCCCUCAUGUACCAGCCCAACUUCAACACCAACCGAAGACCACACAUCGAGCAGGCCACCGUCCACUCUAGCAUGGUGAAGUGUAAUGAGCAGCCCAACAGAGUGGAGAUCUAUGAGAAGACAGUGGAGGUGCUGGAGCCUGAGGUCACCAAGCUCAUGAACUUUAUGUACUUCCAGCGAACGGCUAUAGACCGGUUCUGUGGGGAGGUGCGUCGUCUCUGCCACGCUGAGAGGAGGAAGGACUUUGUCUCCGAGGCCUACCUCCUGACCUUGGGGAAGUUCAUCAACAUGUUCGCUGUGCUGGACGAACUCAAGAACAUGAAGUGUAGCGUCAAGAACGACCACUCUGCCUACAAACGAGCUGCCCAGUUCCUCAGGAAAAUGUCAGAACCCUCGUCCAUCCAGGAAUCUCAGAACCUCUCCAUGUUUCUGGCCAACCACAACAAGAUCACUCAGUCUCUGCAGCAGCAGUUGGAGGUGAUUAACGGCCACGAUGAGCUGCUGGCUGACAUAGUCAACCUGUGUGUUGAUUACUAUGAGAACAGGAUGUACCUGACACCCAACGAGAAACACAUGCUGCUCAAGGUGAUGGGGUUUGGUCUGUACCUGUCUGUUACCUCUAGGUGAUGGGGUUUGGUCUGUACCUGUCUGUUACCUCUAGGU